UUGGUACAGUCUGUUGAUCUUUGACCCCAAUGUUUCGCGGUGGGGAGAUCGUGUGCGAAGUUACGUGGUAAAGAAGUGAAGAUUUUUCGAGCUCUACUGCACCAAUCUCGCUGAGACUUGGCAGACGAUUUGCCCAACAUCUCAAGUUAGUGAUAUUUGCCACGACUUGUCGCGUUUGUCGUCGCCAAAGCUACAGCAUGUGACAUUUGCUGACCAAUCGCCGGUCGCUGAAACUUCUCACUCCCGCCAUUUUCAAAUAGGGUCGUGAAAAGCAGGUUAGUAGUAUACAGCAUUUGUGAAUCCAGGAAUUCCACAACUCCAACCUUCAGGAUGCCACUUCUUGGAAACCGACAGUUUUCCUUGGUCAAGCCUCUCAAGGAUUUGGGUCCAGACGAGAUGGUUUUCGUGAUCGACCACACGAAAGAAGCCUUCAGAUCGAAGGAAGAGUACUUGCGGCGGUUACAGCAGUAUAACCAGUCCGUAUGGACCUGUCAGUGUACAGGGAACUCCAACCUUACUCACCAGGAGGCCACCCAGUCAGAACAGGAGGCUUACCAAAGCUUGCAGAAGGAAUUCCCUGAGUGCUUCAAGCAGCCAGUACUGGAGUUGGUGCACCACUCCACUCAGCCGCUAGAGGCCCUCGCUGAUGCAGCACACCACAAGUUGCUCACUGAACUUGCCAUUGGGGAGAGAGUUGAGCUGAAGAUGAAGAUCGGAGGGAAGGGUGUGCAGGGGAAGGUGGUAAAGGUGACCGCUCCAACCCCCGAGGAGGCCUCCAGUAACUGUAGCUCUCCGUCCAGCGACAAGGAAAACACCACGGGGAAAGGAACAUCGGGAACGCCCAAGAAGUCAAGUCUGCUUCCUUACAAGUACAACGUGCGUAUCGCUGGCGAGGCCAAGGUCAUCAGCCUCAUUCCCGCCGUUGACCUUCACCGCAUGGAGAGAAUCCCCUCGAGAGAGUUCAUCCAGCUCUUCAUCCGUUCCUACGCCAUGCGUAGUGGGCAGGGACCAAACAGCCCGUGGGUGGUGGACGAGGAAUGCGUGAAGAACUACAACCUUCCCAGUAAAUUCUCGGACUUUCUGGUCUCCCCGAAGAGAGUUGUGCCGCCCAGUCCGGUAAGUCCUGUCGUGAACCUCGGUAAAAGGAAGUCGGUUGAUUCCUCGGAACCUAGCUCCUCCAAAAAGAGGAAACAAGACAAGGGUUUGCCUAAGGUGGGAUUGGAAGCAUUUCUGAAACCCAAAGUCAAGGUUAUUUCCUCGCCCAUCAAAAAGGUGUCGAACGGCCCAGUUUCUCCGUCAGCGAAGAACCAACCGCCCUCUCCCAAAGUCGUUGCCGUAAAUGGGGUAGGAAAGACGCCGGCAUCUCCCAAGACUCCCAAGUCUCCUAAGACGGAGAAAGUAAAAGCUGAGAAGAAGUCGACCACAAAGAAGGCAGCUGCGACGUCCGCAAAGAAAAAGGCAGCAACCAUUCCAGAGAAGAAGAAGAGAGGGCCCAAGAAGAAGGUUGCAAGUUCAACAGACUCAGAAGAUGACGCUCCACUGAGCAGGUACAUUCUUAUAGAGAAGAAGAAGAAAAAGAAGGCGACACCAACUAAGCAGUCAAGUUCUUCAGACGAAAUCACGAUCGACAGCUCUGAUGAUGAUAUACCCUUGAACGAACUGAAAAGAAAAUCUUUAUCAGAUUCUCCCAGCCCGACUAAGAAAGCACGAAAAAGCCCGAAGAAGCAGACAGCCAAGGAAAAGGGAAGUGCGGCUAAGAAGUCACCAAAGAAGACUCCAGGGGGCAAGAAGUCAUUGAAACAAAUGACUCUGUUUGACUUAAAGAAGAAGGGAGGCACUCCAAAGAAAGGAUCCCCAAAGAAGGCAACUACCCCGAAAAAAUCAGGCACUCCGAAAAAGCAGCCAGGGACACCAAAGUCGCCAUGGCAACCACCAAUGAUCAAGAAGCUGAUGAAGAUGAAGAACACUCCAGCUCAAACCAAUGAUAAAAGAUUAAAGUAUGGCCAUCUCCUGCUGAAGAUUUGUAAGGAGUUCCCCUUGGCACUUCUCAAGAACGCACCCCAAGAUGUAAGAGCUGAAAUCUUGGAGAAACACAAGAAGCUAAAGGAAAAGGAGCGCUUCAAGAAGAUGUCGGAAGCAGAGAAGGCUCAAUACUUGGAGCAGAAGAAGGAAGAGAGAAAGAAGGAGAUGGAGAAGAAAAAGGAAGAAAGGAAGAAGCAGAGAGAGGAGGAGAAGAAGAAAGAACGUGAAGAGAAGUUCAAACGGUUUGAAGACCAGGAGUUGAAGUUGAAGGCACUCCCCCAGCCUGUUCCUGUGCCCAUGCCUGAAGGUUUACCAAACACCCUGUUUGGCGACGUUGCCAUGGUAGUGGAGUUUAUCAGCUGUUAUUACCAGCUGUUGAUGCCGGAGGAUAACUACCCCGUGACGACGGACGCCAUCAUGAAGGCGCUGGUUGCGGGAGGGGAAGGGUUCGCUUACCUGUCCCGAGUGCUGGUCAUACUGCUUCAGACACUGCUACAGGAUGACAUCAUGGAGGAUCAUAAGGAGGUAGGAGUGACCCUGAGAGACAUUCCUGUAACCAUGCACUCUGCCUCCGAACUGGUCCGGCUCUGUCUCAAGAAGCAUGAAGAAGAGGAGGAGGAGGAGGAAGAAGACAGCGGUGAUGAAGAUGAGGAAAAGAUCAGAGAUGUAGAUGAGGUGAGUGAGGAACUCCUGGAGAAGCUGGAGACCACAGAGUUUCACGAACUGGAGGCACAGGAGAAACUGGAGAUACUGGUGGCACUCACCCACAAGGUGAUGAUGUCAUAUGCCGUUGAGGACCACAUCCAAGAAAAACAGCAGAAAGCAGCCGAGCUGUGGAAGGAGAAGAUACAGGUGCUGAAGGAAAGAAAGGUCAAACGUAAUGAGGAGAAACAGAAGAAGAAGGACAAGGGUGAUGGAGAAGAAAAGAAGGAGGGAGAAAAAGAGAAGAAGGGUCCAAAGAAGAAAGAGGAGGAAAAGAAAGAAGAGGAGCCAGAGAUACCGAUGGAGGAUGAUGGUGAUCUGGCAUCCAUUGUGAGGAGGAGAAGAGUCUUGGCAGCUCAGGCCCAGAAGGAAAAGGCAGAGCGAGAGAAGAGAGACAGGGAAGAGAGAGAGAAGGAGAUGGAGAAGAUGAAGAAGGAGAGAGAGGAGCAGUCCUUCAAGACACGGUUCGAGGAGGGGAUCGCCCAGGCCAGACGUACACUCAGAUGGCAGCACAUAGGGACGGAUCGGCACCACAACAAGUACUGGCUGUUCUCCCUCCAGACUCCAGGCCUGUUUGUGGAGAAGGGUUGGGCACACGACUCCAUGGGAUAUCAGGUAACUCUACCCAACUCACCUGUGAAGAAGAAGAGCCAGCAGGAAGAAGAGGAAGAGGAGGAGGAGGAGUCUGAUGUGGAGUCGGUCAGCGAAGUCCAGAGUGUGACCAGUGAGGCCAGCACUGUCCGCAAGGGCAGACCUGUGACGAAACACAGAGGCGUUGAGAAGACCCACCCUCCCCUGGGACAGAACCUGUGGUUUGUGUACUCCAAGAAGGAUGAUGUCGACAAACUGAUACAGAACCUGAGCACACAGGGCAUCAGGGAGUCUGCUCUUAGAGAGGAGCUGGAGAAAAGAUAUCAGGACAUCAAGUCUUCGCUGAACAACUUCUCCAAAAGGAACCAGCAGCUGAGGAGUUCUGAUGGGGACCAGGAGCUUCUGGAUGCCUACAAGAGGGACCUGGAGGAGAUAGAGACUAAGUUGGAGAAGGGAGGUCUAGGAAACGUUGAGAACCCUGCCAAGUGGCUGAAACGUCUGGAGAAAACAGACAAGCUGUCUGAGCUGGGCAGUCUGCUGGUGGAGGUGCAGGGAGGGGUGCUGCAGAAGUUUCUGAAAGGUAUGAUGGCACCUCAAAAGAAGAAGCCAAAGGAACCCAAAGAGGAAGAAGCAGACAAAGAGGAGAACAAAGAAGAAGAAAAAGAGGAGCAAGAUGAAGAGGAAAAUGAGGAGGAGGAAGAUGAUGAUGAUGAUGAAGAUAAGGAUGAAAACGAGGUCCAGUUGUACGAGCCUCGCGAGGUGGAGCUGUGGCGCCAGGCGAGUGCGGAGUGUCCCACGAUGUCGCGCCUGCACGUGAUGAUGGGCAUGCUGGACGCCUGCAUCAAGUGGGACAAGUCUGCGGAGAACGCCAAGUGUAAGGUGUGCCGCAAGAAGGGGGAGGAGGAGCGCCUGCUGCUGUGUGACGAAUGUAAUCAGGCAUACCACAUCUUCUGCCUGCGCCCUGCGCUGUCGUGUGUUCCCCCGGGAGAGUGGAGGUGCCCCGCCUGCAUCCCUCGCCAGGCCAGGGUGUGGUCAAGGGGACGGAACUACAGGGAGAUGGACGAAGGUGACUACCAGAGCAGUGACGAUGACGAAGACAAACCGCGCACGCGCUGCGGCAGGAGAGACCAGGGGAUCAUCCACAGGGAGGAGUGCGUGGUUUGUUACGAGGAGGGCGAGCUGGUACCGUGUUCCACCUGCCCGCUGGUGUUCCACAAGGAGUGCCACAUCCCUGCGCUACGCAACUUCCCUCGCGGGAACAACUGGGUCUGCUGCGCAUGUCAGAACCCCUCCAAGUACAGGCAGUUACGGAAAGCCAAACCAAGUCAACCACCUCCCAAGCAGCAGCCAACCAGACAGACAUCCAGACAAACCAGCACCUCACGACAGGCAGCAGCCUCCUCAACAUCACCCAGCACAUCAUCACAGUCGACCAAUCAGACCAGGGCAUCUACACAAGCAGCCAAUCAGAGCAGGGCAUCCACAGCCAAUCAGAGCAGGGCAUCCACACAAGCAGCCAAUCAGGGCAGGAAUACAGCAGCAUCCAGGAGAGCACAGCAACCAGUGCCUAACAACAAAGAGGAGAGGGGAGAACUACAUUCUAGGAGGACCAACAAUGAACUUAAGACAUGUGAAGACAUCUUGCAGAAACUUAUGAGGAACAAGUCUAGCAUUUACUUCAGGAAACCUGUAGAUGUUGAGGAUGUACCUGAUUACUAUGACGUUAUUAAGAAACCCAUGGACCUCACCACCAUCAAGAACAAGUGUGUGUGUCUGGACUACUGCUCACCACAGGAAUUUAUCAAUGACGUGUCCUGCAUCUUUGACAAUGCACACGAGUACAACAAGAUUGGCUCCGACAUCAGGGACAAGGCGGACACGUUAGAGAAGUACUUCAUGGAGCAGGUGGAGGAGUUCCUACCCUCGUACGAUUACCCCCACAAGGAAGACGCAGCGAUACACGGCAUGCACAACGACCACUCCUACACAUCCCCAGGAAAAUCUGCCACCAAUGGCAAACGAUGAACUAUACACACCACAAAAUUGUUUCAUCGCAAAGGCAGAAACCUUCAACCCAAUGCAUUUCUUAUCCACGCACACUCGCUCUCCGGUUAAUAGCUGUUGCUCUUUGCUUUCUGUGUUGUGGGGGUUAGACUCGAAGUUGUCAAGCUUGCGGUAAUUUGGUAUGAGAUCUCAAUUCUAAUUGGUUCCUAACAUUUGUGAUAUGAAAUCUGAUUGGCCCUCCUCACCAUCGAACCCAAUCAUGAUGCUUGAAGCAUGCUGCUGGAUCUUUUUUACCAGACUAUUUCAAGGUGCUUGUUUAAUGUGUAUUUAUUCUGACUGCUUGCUUGAUAUUAGGUCAUUAGUAAGCAGUAACAGCAACUUUGUACUCAGCAAGGACAAAAGUAAGUUGUGAGGGCUGUUCCAAUGAUUGUUCAGAGGGAGGAGCAGAUAUGUCUAAAUGCCACAACAAGAAUAGAAAUUUUCGUAUCUGGUAGGCAAGGUUUCCCUUUUUAAGAGUUUGGGUUGUAUGUAGAACAUUCCAUUUUAUUCACGGGGUAUGUCCACAGACUCCACACCCCGAUACAGCAGGGACUACCAUGUAGAUAAAACCUUCUGGAUACCCCCUUGUAAGAGUUUAGACUCUUCCAAAGAGAAACUGCUUCAAACCAUACCACUUUGUUUCGUCAUGGGGGUGAUUGGUAAAGAAAAGGCGAAUUAAAAAAUCGCACAGCUUAACUUUACAUGUCUUAGUUUUCAAAAAGAUAUUUGCUGUAUUUUGCAAGUUAAAAAAAAAACAUGUAGCAUGCUUGUAACUUGGGCACAUUUUGAUGGUGUCGACUUGUGGUGGUGUGGAACUAAACUGGGUAUAAAUGAGACCAAAAAAAUUAGAAUUCUACUGUAAAUUGUAGCUUGUGUUUCCACGUAAACCAGAGGAUUUUAUUAUGAUUUCGUGUCAGUUUUGGAAGUAAUUUAUUUCUGAGAUAUCUUAAGCGAUGAACUUGUUUUAGUACCACGUUUGAAGUAGGUAUUGUUUCCUCCAACAUUUUGAACACUGCAUUGAUGCAGUAACAUCUAUUUCAUGCAUCAAGAGUCUAGUUAGCUAUUUGCAACCACAACCCCUUUGCUGAUUGGUCAGAAUCAUGAUUGAAUCAUUGUGCAGCUUGUAAGUUUUUUUUAUCCUAUAGAAACAUUCCAUCCCUAUGACAAUGAAGGAUAGACAUAGCAGGUAUACAUAAUACAUCAUCAUACAGAAUGAAAUAAAACACCCGGAUAACAUACCUUAAACUAAAACCUUUUAGAGAUUAUUCAGUUUUUUGGCAACGCCUCAGGGACGAGCCAAAUGGUUUACUAUUCAUUUUCUAUCUAUAUUUACAUGAUGAUGAUUUACAUCAUGUGUACACAAUGAAGUAACAACAUGCUGUCUAACCGGUUGAAUUUCUGCUGAACGAGACAAAAGUUUUAUGCUGAACAUCCCUGGAAUUCGCACAUGGUCCGUUGCUAUAGGUAGCAACUUAGUGGAACUUCUGUAUGAAAUUCAGAUGUUAAGAAAAAUGCUAUCUUUCAUGAUGACCUCUUCCCUAUCAGCUUUUGUAUAUACAUUUUGUAAUAGUCUUUUAAUGCUCUCUCAGUUGUUGUGUAUCCAGAUCACAUUAAAAUUUCGAAAAAGGAAA